UCUUCAUUUUUCAGCUUUGCCUUUGAAAAUAAGAUGCAGAUUUUUUGGAUUAUGUCAAUGAACUAUUUGUAUCAACCCCUGAUCUCUAGUCAACCUCCAAUUAUCCUUGCAAUGAUCUUAGAAAUUCAUGUAUGAAUCAAACUUUGCAAACUGAAUACAAUACUUCUGUUAUUCAUGACUUAAUUCUUUAACUUUCAGUAUUUAUUUUAAUUUACUAAAAUUAUUUGUGCCAUCAUAGAGCUUGUCAUGCAUCCUCAAUCUGGUUAAUAUCUGUGGAGUGGACUGGGUGUACAUACAUCAGCUGCAGUCCAGUUUUUUUAAUGCGUCUGUGCAGUCUGAAUAGGUAUUGUAUGACUCAGCAAGACUGUAGUUUAUAUCCAUAUGCAGCAUUGUACCAACCCCGGCUCUGCUGCAGAGAGGGGGAGGCUGAGUGUGAAGUCAGACGACUUUUCAUUCCCAGGAAACUCUCAGCAGGAAGGAGCGAGUGUUUAUGUGUUCAGUUGUCCACUGACUCACACCUCUCUUUCUAAUACCUCCAACAUUCGCACCCCCUCCCGUACAAAGAGACACAUGUCCUGGGAACACUCCCUCAAUCAGCGAAAAUACAUGUUUAAAAGCCAAACUGAGGGAUCGCAUAGAUAUUAUCGCAUUGCCUUAAAAGAGGACAUGAAACACUGACCCAAGUUAUUAUUUUUAAGAAUACCCAUCGACUUCAUAAAUCACUGUAUUCAUGACUCUCAGAUGUAAUACAAUCUUAGAAAGCUGUGAUAGAAGUCCCACUUUGGCAGUGUCACUUUGCGUGACGUGAUCGUUUGUGUAGCCCGCAUAUUGACAAUGGAAUGAGAGCAGAUUAGGAUAGCUGAAACGGCGAAUCGAGAGCCGAAGACGAGUAAUCUCACCAGAGGAGGGGUACUUUCCUUUGUGCCAGGCUGCUCCAGCGUAUUUUACAACAUAAGAAAUAAAAAAAUUGUUGCAUUUUCAUAAUUCGCCACUGAAACGUCCGGUGAUGAAACGAUUCUGGUUUGCAGCUAGGGAGCUUCAGGAUCCACCUGUUAGCAUAUAUACUAGAGUGUGCAGCGACCACUUUUCGGCUGAGGACUACGUGGAGGAAAUGUAUUUUGAUGAGACUGGUGCACUGGCAUCUCAUUGGACCAAUAGACUGAACCCCGAGGCCGAAUACAAUCCAAGUUUUAAUGCUCAUAUGAAAGACAGUCGGUACAAUCAAUCACUGAUUUGUCAAAUGUCUUGGUAAAACAUCACAUUUGGCAUUUUGGCUCCAAAACUGAGUACACUUUCAUCUCCUGUACUUGAUAAUUGAAACUGACUGGUCUUCUCAUCUCUAUGACCUGUCUUCCAUUCAGAAUAAUGAGGCCAGAUGGGGCCUGACUCACUUUUGGAGCAAGCCCCAAGUGGCCACAGGGGGAACUGCAGUCUCUAACACUUAAUUCAUUUCUCAGCCCUGUUGGUUGCCGUUUGAUUAGGAAUGCUGGAGAACCUCCCUGAGCAACCUCCUGCAAUGCUCUCUAUCACAGUCUGUUUGGACAAGUCCACAUAUACAGACAAUUUGCAGCAGUGCUACGAAGGCCAAACACAGUUCAUCCUAUCCCCCCUCGAUUACUCACAGACCCCAGUUUACUUUACUGCUCCUCUGCGCUGCGUCGAUCCAUAUAUGGAUUUGAGAUGCUGCAAGUACGAGUCUUACCUCUCUUUAAGGACAAUAUCUGAGGAAGAGGAAGAGAGAAAGGAGGACAGGGCAGUAAAUAUUCUGACUUGGAUGACCAGAGGGUCCAGUCUGGCUGGUUUGGAUUCUAUAGCUGUUUGUCUGCACCCACAUUGAGGACACACACACAUAAUUUCACACUCACAUAUACACAGGAGGGUCUCACUGCUCACUCUUUGGUCAACACCAGUUCUCAGGGGUAUAAAUACCUCUAUUUUAGCUGCUGGGGUCUCCAGUUUCCCCAAAACAGAUUCAGAUCUGAAGAGCAGGGACAACACCCCACCUUCAAGUGACACCAUUUUAACCCUUUUGUCGUAAUUACUACAGAUAGGAGAUUAAUGCACUUACGACUACAAGUGCAACCUGUCAGGUGGGUGUUAAACCGGCGGGACAGCUGAUACAGGGAAGCAGUUGUAGAACCAGCAUGUGGGAGCGUUUCAGGGUCUGGAAGUCUUCGUCCUUCUGCAGAGACUCCUUCAGCCAGCAGCAGCAAGCAAUGCGAAUCCUCAGUCUUUAUUUAGACCUGGACAUUUAGGUCUAGAGACAUGAACUCCUGACCCACCUUUUAAUGAACAUGGAUCAUGUGUCAGAUGCAGGUUUGAAGCUCGAUAAAAAAAAAAAAAAACAAACAGCGAAACAGUGAGAGCUUGGUUCAUUAUUUCAGACUCUGGUGCAGAAUCCUAACACACAAGAUACUGUAAGAGCUAACACAAGACUGGUGAUAUUUAUGAUGAUGGUAAAAAACUACAAAUUCUGCUGCGCUAUUGAGUUAUUGCAGAAACACUCAGCAAAUUACAAAAUAAUUGACAGUGGAGCAGCUUUUAAGAUCUGAAAAAUAGAUCAUUCAGCUACACUUACGCUCUGAAAGCAAAAUACAGACAUGAAGGUUGCAGAAUGAAAGAUAAAAGUUUGAAACGAAACCAUCCCUUCACCUCAAAAUAUUAUUUUUUCAGUUUUUCAGUGCUGAAGUCAAUUAUCCUUUUCAGCACAGCACUUUUAAAUCUUUAAAGCAUCAGUCUUACAUUUGAAUCUGUAAAUUAGGUCCUGAUCGAUGUUUUUCAAGGUAAAACUUGACGAAUGGAGGCUCAUACUGAAUUGACUUGACAGCAACCCUCCGAGGUAUCACCAAUAUUCCUAUUUCUACUCACUGUACCUUUAAAUAAAAAAAGUCUAACCAUAUGUUCACUGGGUUUGAUAAGAGAAUAGAUACCAAUACACUUCAGGUAAACAUGUGCAAUCACAUUUAUUUAUUUUAAGUAAGAUAAAAUAUGAUUUAAAGAAAAAAAAAGACUUGUGACUGUUGCCAGGAUACAAUUAAAGCACUUGUCAGGUAGUUUGGUUCUACUACACUUUCAACAUUUAAAGACAUUGUAUGAGCCAUUUUAUCUAUAUUAUUGUUUGAGGUUUUGUUCUGUUACUCCCACAAUCACCACAAGGGGCACUUCAGGUGAAUGAGCAGGUAAAUGCUACAAAAGGGACACAGAUAAAGCAGUGAUCUGGGGAACGGGAAGAUUUUUUAAAAUAUUUUUUAAAAGUAUUUUAUCAUUUCAAAAUGUAUUGAACUUUAAAAAAGUGAGGUUUUUUGUUGUUGUUUUUUUAGGUUUUUGAAGGUGAGUGAAAUAUUCAGUUAUUGCAGUCCUGAAAUAUUUAUGCCAUUUACCUCCUGGGCCACCAUACUCUUCUGAAAAAGCUAUUAAACAUGACAAAUAUUACUCAGUCACCCUCUUUAGUCACCUGGUCUGACACCUACCCCCUCAGAGAAAUGAUCAGCCAUGCUGUAGAUGGUCUUGUGUAUCUUUUGAGGCCAUGAAAAGGCAUCAGUAUCAAUUUCAGUCUGUUUCUCAACAAAUUAAAAACUCUUCAUAGUGCCUUUAAUAAAAUUGAAAAUUGUAGAAAUAAAUAAACAAGUGUCAUGAAUCUAAAGUGAGCAACAUUAAGAAUACAGGUUGGAGACUUGAAUUAAAAUCAAAAGCAUUGGGUAUAUCUUGAUGUUUCAGGUACCUGUGCAGCAGCUCCUCCUCCUCUUCUCUCCAGUAUUGCACAGAUGUGAAUCUGACCUUCAUUAAACUCCAUCAUCUUCACAGUCUCUCCUGCUGUAGAUAUCACCUCUCCUCUCAUCUUUAAACCCCAAUCUUUUCUCCAUUAAGUUUCUCCAACACUUUCCUUUUUGGGGAUACUGACAUGCAUGACGUCAUUUGGGAAGUGCUUUCACUUGCAGUGUGUGUGUGUGUGUGUGUGUGUGUGUGUGUGUGUGUGUGUGUGUGUGUGUGUGUGUGUGUGUGUGUGUGCAAGAGAAAUGUGUGCGUUUGUGCGUGGGGGUGGAGGGAUGGAGGGGCGUCAAUGCGCACCAACACCAACCCGCUUGGCAGCUGUAUUCCUCGGCUGUGAUUGGCCGGAGGGCGGUGAUUCCGUCUGUCACGAUUUGGGUCGCUCCCACCGGAGGACACCGACCGUCUGAGUCCAGCUUGUACCGGGGAGGGAUACGUCCCAGGGGCUGGACUGACAACUCGGGAUUUGUCCUCCUGCGUGGAUUGGAGAGGAGAGGAAGAGGAGGAAGAGGAGACAGGGGGGGAUCUUCAGUGCUGGAUCUGGAGCGACCAGCCGCCUUUUCUUCAGUCAGGGCUGCGGUAAAAGUGGUUCACGAUGCCGGUGUUUCACACCAAGACCAUCGAGAGUAUCCUGGAGCCGGUGGCCCAGCAGAUCUCCCACCUGGUCAUCAUGCACGAGGAGGGGGAGGUGGACGGUAAAGCCAUCCCGGAUCUGACGGUGCCGGUGGCCGCGGUGCAGGCGGCUGUCAGCAACCUCGUGCGGGUGAGUCCCAUGCAGGGCGUCAGAUCCCUCCAAAGCUCAGAGUGACAUUUAUCAUUCAAAGUUCAAAACCUGCUUCAAUCAGAGUCUGAUCGGGUCACAGCCGUAAAUCAGAUCCCCACACUCAACCUGGAGCAGGUGGUUCUGUUUCAGGGCUGGUUUCCAGGUAGAUUUACACCGUCUUGCUCCCUCCUCGCCAUUCAAACGAUAUAAAACUGUCACACACCCAUGCUGAGGCUUGUGCCUGUUUCUGCUGCAGCAACACAAACAUGUCAAACUUGAACCCUGAGAGCUCAUCAGAUGGCCUCAGAGCUUAAUGAAGUUUGUGGGGCAGAAGGAAGUGCAGAUUGAAUUAACAGGAGGGGUGAUUAACAGUUGGUGGGAAAUGUCACUUGAGGGCUACUGUAGGUUUAUUACAGCGGCUCAGAUUGUUGCAGGAUUUGCAGUUUUGUGGGACAAAAGAGAGAGAAAAAAAAUCAUCUCAUGAAUGGAAGCGUACCCUCCUCAGACAAUAGAUCCUCUCUGGUCAUUUUUCAAACCUUCAUGUACAUUUCUCCAUCCUCUAUCUUUUGUCCCAGUUUACUCCCCCUCUCACCCCAUACCCUCUCCUUUGCCCCCUUUAUUCUCUGUCAUAUUGACUCUAAAUUUCAUAUAGAAAGACCCUGAUGUCUCCUCUGUGUGCACUGACCAGAAAAAUCAAUACCGUCCACAUCAUUAAUGCCAGUUCAGGUCGUUGUAAUUGAUGCAGGGGUGAGCGGGCUUCACUCAGUCAGGGGAAAUCAGCGGCAGACGAAACACUCACUCAUUUAUACUUUAACUGUGGAGCCAGAAAAGGGAGAAAAGAAGCUGUUAAUGUGAGCCAGAAGGAGUCGCAAAGUGUGGGAGUUGCAAUGAAAUCUGUAAAUGCAGGUUUUGAGAUGCCUGCUAGACCAAAUAAAUUAAAGUAAAUUUGUAACAAAAACAAAAAUAAGUAAGAAAUUAAGAAGACAUUUGAAGGACAACACACAAAAAGAAGUUUAUCUACAUAAAAGAGAUAAAGCUGAUCCAGUGUUUUAACGCAGGAGGAAACGCAGUGACUGACUUCUAGGGAAGAGAGAUAUAUGCGAUACAUUAAUGUGCUCUUCUGUGGAGGCGUAUCAUAAAGUUGACGUCCAAAAACAGCUGUGAGGAAAGAGUUUGUGCCGAGUAGAGAAUCAGUGAUUAGAGAUUUGGAUGGGACGAUUACAGUUUGUGUAACAAUCAUGAUUUUUAGGAUUAUCAUGGUUAUUUCUGGAGCCCAAAAAAACACGUAAAGGCCCUUUUUUGAGAGUAACAGCAGAAAGCUCGAUGUUGUGGAGCCUUGGCGGCUUAAAAGGCUUGACUAAGAAGUUUGCCACAUAAGUUUUUAAGUAUAUUUUAGUAAAACACAACUUAUAAAACCUGGAAAUCAUGACAGCUUCCUCUUUUUCAUUCCUUUUCGUGUAUCUUACUUUUGCUCACGGCCAGAGCGAAUCCCCUUUGUGCUUUUCAGGCACUCACAAUAAACCGUUCCUGUUCUCUCUUGGACUUUCUUUCUAAAAUAUACAAAUACAUUUUAAUUUUCAUGUCAUGCGAAGAUUAGAGCGGUUGGCCUAAUCCAAAAAUGUUAUCCAAUAACUCAAUGCAUUUUGUAAUAUUACUAAGUACGUGUAAGGGUACGUCCGUGGGAUUUGGAUGUGGGACAAGUCCGUUUGGAUUAUGCAAAUCUGAACAUGGAAGGUAGUUAUGUUUUAGCAAGAUUAUUCUGUAGUGCUGGUGACUUUCUCCCUUCAUGGCAUGUGAAACUAUAAAUAAAUUGGUUUGCAAACAAAGAUUACAAACUAUAGGAAGAGAAAGUCAGAACUCCACUUUUCUUUGCCUGGACUGAGUGAAUUUAACCCUCCAGAACUUCCAGCCUCUUCAAACUUUUCUAACAGUUCCUGCAAGGACACACAGAUAAAUUUCUCAUUAACAGAUGAUAAAAAGGGGACAGUACACUGUAGCAUCCUAAUAAAAAAAUCCUCCUCCUUUCUGUGCGAUACAAUCCAGCUGCAGCACGUCCCCCAUAUCUCAUCGCCGCCGGGCUCACCUCUCCGUCUCUCUCUUUUCUCCGCUCGUCCUCAAUGAUCCGCUCAGUUGAUCCUUUCAGACAGAGAGCAGAAGGAGGCUAAUAGCAGCUCGAGGCGUGUCGCUCAGGUCUUAGAUGAUGGAGAUGUGAGGAGACAAGAAAAGAUAAGGGUUUAGGACACAGUGAGAAAGGGUAGAGAAGAGGAAAAGUAGGAUACACUUUAAAGAUGUCAAUGCUCAGAUUUACUGCUGACUUAAUAUACACUCUUGGACCCUCUGGACUAUGUAUGAAAACAUAAGCAGUGGUGGCAAAUGAGAUAUGAAUAAUUCAUCACAGUGCAUAAUCAUACAGUAACAUUAUAACUGGCUGCAAAGUAGCUUCAUUAAACACUGAUACUGUUACCUUUAUGGGCUAUAAAAGCAAACCAGACCAUCAGAGAGACGGGGAUAUCCUUUGAGUUAUUCUGAACGCCUGUUACUGCCUCCACAGAGUCUAAAUACAGUAAAGAGCCUUUGUUUACAUAUCGCCAUUGAAAGUUUGACAGAGAAAAGUAAGUUAGAGGGUUAGAAGAAAGCAGCACAGACUGGAAAAGACACAGAGGUAAAACACUUCAAAUUUAGCUCCUAUAGUUUAAGUUUUUGUACUGACUUUUACUGUAUUUAGGCCCUUAAAUGUAACCUAGAUGUCAGACUUUCCCUAACAUUUCAAAGGCUUGAUAAAGUCUUUUAGAAUCUUGCUGUUUCUGUUGUCUGUUAUAAGGAUGGACGUCGCAUCCCAACCACGUCCCAAUGUGCAAAAACGGAACUAGAAUACAUGUGACAGACUCACUGAAUUGCCCCUGACCAAAACACGUUUAACUCACCAAUAAGACGACAGAGCUGGCUCAGGCCAAAUGCAAUCAACAGAUUAGGAACCCUGUAUACAGAGGCUGCAGGUCGUAGGUUAAACGACAAGCCGUCAUCUAUUAAUGCAUAUCUCUUUCACCCUUUCCCCCCAAAAAACAUUACUGGACUUGUUUUAGUUGUCCUAUUUAUAAAAAAUUCUCAAGAAUCAGCUUCAACAAACUAAAAAAAACAUCCCUGUGGUUGUAGCAGAACAGAUUUGUGACUCUUGAAUUGGAGUUUGUCACAUUUUAUCAUAUAGUUCCUCUUCUUCUCUGAUAAAACGCAGUCCUACAGGAGCCUCAUUGGUCACAGAUCUCCAUUUGUUUCUGAAAAGACGUUGCCAUCUUGGAAUCAAUGGCCUAACUUAACUUUCAGUCAACAGAGACGCAGACAAAGACGUGGAGCUGGGAUGUGCAUUAAGCCUCCCUGAAAAACAGCUUCAUCUAGCUGAUCUGUCACUGAACUCAGUCAAUCCACAUGCGCAGAUUUAUAUGUAGUGUAGUCCAUUAUGGACUACAGCGGGGUGACACAACUCAAGGAAGAACAUUUAUAAUCAUUUCUUCAAGGAAAUACAAUCAGACCGAGACGCUGAGGCAGAAGAACUACCGUGUCUGUAGUGCAAAAUGAUUAAUAUGAUGAUUAUUACUUCAAGGAAAUGAUAAAGUAAAGAUCAUUAAUGUUCUUCCUUGAGCUGUGUCACCCCGCAGUAGUCGAUGGACUCGUGGAAGAGAGUAGGAGAGUUGUGUUUAGUCUUUUUGCUAAAGAAAUUAGUCAAAGUUAAAAAGAUGUUUGGUGUCUAGUACUAUGUCAGGGACCCUAUAUGUACUGUUGAUGAAGUUAGGUGCUGUUCUGAGCAUUAUUUGUGGCUAUAGAGUGGUGUUUUGGUUGAGGUUUGUUUAUGGCUCCUCAGACCGCUGUGUAUUGCUAUCCUGUGGUCGUUACUGAAGUUAAUAUAACUAGAGAAGCAAGCGGUGGGUAACAUUCAUCUCUUGAGGGGGUGUCUAACUCUGUGUUACAGUGUUUGACCCUAAAUUAAUUUUACGCCAGAAUAUCCCUUUAAUCAUGGAUGUUAAUGGGGCUUCCUGGGUGUUUAAAGCCAGACUCAAGUGGACAUUCACACUUCUGCACUGGCUCCACCUUUCUGCACUGGGGGUAUCCUCUUGGCCAAGUCCCAUCUGGUAAUAUGGAAGAGGUCGGCUUUAUGACCUACAGUGACGCAAGAGCCCAGGAUGUUUUGGCUUCACUUUUAGGUAGUUGUCAUGGGGAAUAGUUUUAUAAAACAGUUAACUUAAAUCAAACCAGAUUUGACUUCUUUUUUUCAGAAGUAUGUGCACUUCUAUUGAGUCAAGUAUGCCGUUUUUGCCUCCUCUGCAUGAGCGAAGAUGAAGAAGCACUGAUGAGUUGUUGUGCAGUCCCAUGAUAAGAGGAGCGAGAGUGAAGAAGUGGUUCAUAAGGAGGUGUUGAAAAGCACAGUGGGUGCUUGAGUACCGAGCUUUUAAAAUCAGCUGGGGUUUGUUGCCGGGUAGAUAAACUCAAUUGGAUGUAAAAUGAACCUAAAGAUCAAGUCCACAUACUUUAUUUUAGACAGUUGAUUCAUUUUUACACUUUCAGCUGAGAUGUAACACUGUCCACGGCACCCAGGGUCUUAACUACACACUGAUACAAUUACACUGUUAACCCCGGACAGGGUGGGCUGAGUCGGGGGCCUUUUCAUAUCUAGGUCACUGAGACACUUCGACACUCACACAAGAUGGUGUCAGUCUGGAUGUAUCAGAGGGUGUGUGUGGGUUGACAGUGAUUUGACUGCAGCUCUGAAUGAUACUGCUGCUGCUGUAGUUGUUUGAAAGUGAGAGAGUGUGUCGCUGAAGUUGUGCUGAUGAAGGAGCUGCCUCAGUGCUGUUUGUGAAGAAUCUGCUCCUCAAGGAGUCAACAGAGAUCCUGGGUAUGUCUGAGGGGGAGGGGGAGGAAGGAAUAAAUAGAUUUACCGUUGAGUGAAGUAACCACACACUGACUAAGAGAAAGAGAGAGGGAGAGGAGUAACAAACUGAGGAAGAUUGAGAUGAAAAGUCCAAGGAAAGAAGAGGAGAGAGGAGGAGAAACUGUUACUUUUAAAUGAAGAGAAAAAGUGUCUCUGGCGUCUUCAGACCAGAAUCUGCCAAGCCUCAUGGUCCACCUCACCCCUCUCAGCACACGCACACACACACACACACACACACACACACACACACACACACACACACACACACACACACACACACACACACACACACACACACACACACACACACACACACACACACACACACACCAACUGCUCCCUGAUGUAAAUAUGCUCCAUCUCUUCUUGUUCGGCAGCAGACUGAGGAUGGGUUUCCGGCUGUGCGUCCCCUCUGUUUCUCAGUCUGUCUAAAAUCCACUCCUGGCUAAUACAUUCCCAAAAUUUUGGUCUAAAACAGUUUUUUUUAAAUGAAAAAAAAAAAGGCAACUUGAUUAGUUAUUAAAAGUAUUUCUCCCUGCUGCCAUGGCUUUAAAAAUAACUCAGUUUUUAUGAGUUUGUAUUUAUCAUGCAUUAAAAGUCUUUUACUUAAAAGGAGAUUCCGGCGUAAAAUUAAUUUAGGGUCAAAACACAUAAUUUCUUCAUAGAAAUACAAUCAGACUGAGAUGCUCAGGCAGAAGAACUACCGCGUCUGCAGAGCAAAAUGAUUAAUAUGGUCAUAAUUACUUUAAGGAAAUGAUCAAGAAAUAAUCAUGAAUGUUCUGAGGCCCGAGGUCUAGCUACAAACAAAUGGCUGCUGGAAGAGAGUAGGUGAGUUGUGUUUAGUCUCUUUGCUAAAGAAAUUAGUCAAAGUUAAAAAGAUGUUUGGUGGCUAGUACUAUGGCUGGGACCCUAUAUGUCCUGUUGAUGAAGUUAGGUGCUGUUCUGAGCAUUAUUUGUGGCUAUAGAGUGGCGUUUUGGUUGAGGUUUGUUUAUGGCUCCUCAGACCGCUGUGUAUUGCAAUCCUGCGGUCGUUACUUAAGUUGGUAUAAAUGAGAGAAGCAAGAGGUCGCCAACAUUCAUUUCUCGAGGGGGUGUCUAACUCAGUGUUACCAUGUGUUUGACCCUUAAUUAAUUUUAAGCCGGAAUAACCCUUUAAAACCUCUUGUGAUACUGAUGCAUCAUAAUGACAUACAGAAGCAAACAAGACCAUCAGUGAAGAUGAGCAAAAGAUCGCUUUGUCCACACGGGGUGACAAAAAUGACACAAAAUCAGUUUUAUUUGCACACACUUUACACAGGGUUCAAUUGUCAUUACACAUCUGUGUUGAGAUACUUUAAAGGCCAAAAGUUCGACAUAAACCUGCAUAAUUUAGGACGUGACUGAAUCGACUGACAGGCAAGUGUGCUGUAUUUGUAGCCAGGAUGCUUGAGGUCCACUUCAGCUGCAUCUCUGGCUUCAAAAAGUCUCUCCAGAAACCAAUGUGAUACCUCAAAGACAACAUGCUUUAUACAGUGCAUACUCAAUAUUGUUGUUUCUAGCUGUUGUUCAGCACCAGGAAGCUGCGUUUUAGUGUCAAAAUUCCUGAAAAACUACGUAUAGAUAUCAACAGACAGUAGAGCGGUGAAUUCAGCAGGUGGAGGAGGCACUGACUGAAGCAUCUAUCAGCUAAGAGUUGGUGGUGACCAAACAGAGCUAAAAGAGAGCAAACAAGGACUUUAUUUCAACCACCGUUAAAUUCUUUUCUCUUAGUUUCAAUUGUGCGUGUCCUACCCCUUAUUAAUGAUUCAGUGGUUUAUAUUAAAAAAUCAUCAAAGAGUUUCUCUGUAAGAGGACUUUUCCUAAAGUAGUUUAAAGAAUAAAAGAGAUGAGAAAUGAGAAAAGAUGGAGAAAAACCUCAGACAGUAUCAGACUUUGAAUCUCAGAUUUCAUGUCCAUGUUGAGAUUGCCGCCUUUGAACCCAAGAUCGUAAUUGACCUCAGUGUCAGAGUGUCUGUGUGUGAAAUCUACUAAUGAGCUGAUAAAAGAUAAAAGCUGUAAAUGCAGAAGAGCUGAUGUCUGCGGGUCUGAGAUAAAACCUCAUUAAUCAUCGUGUCAGCUUUGAUUGACAGCUGUUUCCUUCUGCUGAAGCAGCCUCAACGAUCAGGCUGUAAAACCACAAACACAUCAGUCCGUCCACUUUAAUGUCUCAUUAAAAAUGUAUAAUGGAGUAAUUGAUGCUGAGUGUGGCCACUGACAGGAAACUCUCACAGCUCUUUGAUCCGUCACCUGAUGUGACUCUGAGUUACAUCAGGCCGCGCUCGACCUGCAGAGCUGCAUUCCUCACAUUUUAAAGGUGGACUUCUUCCUCAAGGAAAUUCACCAAGACGCAAAGAAUCCCUUUAGUUUCUUUGUCUUUGACCUGUUAGACACUUCAAUGUGAACUUUCAAUCUCUUAAGGUCAGAAAAGUAAACUUGCAAACGUAUAAAGUUUUCCAAUGUUUAGUUCAAGUUCAUGCUUUAAGACUUGGGCUUUUUUCUCCUUUCAAAAUAAGAGUUAUUUAUGAAGUGUGCAUUAGUCACACAGAGAUGAACCGGCUGUUAUGAUUCUGGUUAAUGAAACACAGCCAUGAUUAAUGAUAUUUGUGUACCAGCAGGAAAAUGACGAGAUUAUUGUUGACUGGGUGUUUGCAGUGUGUUACUUCUUGCCAACCUCAGUGCAUGACCAGAAAAGGACAAGGCGUCAUCCUGAGGAUGGAUCUCAUGUGAAGGCUGUUUUGUUUGAACGCGCUGCCUCCGAGUCUCUGGAGCCAGAAAGUCUAUUAACCGACUUCCAUCGACGCGGCCACCAGAGACUGAUGUCAUCAUCUUGCUGUAAUUGCAUCUCAAAAGUGUGUGUGUGUGUGUGUGUGUGUGUGUGUGUUUGUGUGAAGUGUAGGAUGUGAUUUGUGUUUUUUGACCGGCUGCAUCACUGCAGGAACAUCUGCAGAAAAAGUGACCAGAGUCUUCCUGCUGUGUGUGUUUGUGUGUGUUUACAGAGGAGUGUGUGUUUGUGCAGAUGUGUGUUUCUGGCUGUUGGUGUUUGAUUUAUGCACCUCCUUCGACAAGACAGGGAAAACCUGCAGAACGGAUAAAUGUCCUCUCUCUCGGGGGGGUUUGAAUUGUCUGACCUCAGUAGAAGAAAACUGAAAUGUCGUAUUCGGUAAGAAGGAGAAAAAAUCAAGUGACUCUAAGAGAAAAAUCAAUGUUCACAAUCAAGACUGUCGGGUCGAGUUUGUUCAAUACAAAGAAAGAACACAGUCACAGUAAGCAGACCCUGAAUUUCACUUUGAGUAUGGCGACUUUCAGCUUUAUUGACACUGACAUGCCUACUGCUCAUCUUCAUCUCCUCCCAGCAGGCUAUCCUGGUUGGAUUUCAACUUACUGCACCUUCCCCACCUAUCACUCUCUCUCCCUCAGCUUACUGCUCUAUUUACAGUUAUAUCCUUUCUAAAUAAAGGAGCGAAAAUCAGAAUAAUCUACCUUUUAAAAGAGCAUUAGCCUGCUUACUUGUUACAAACCACGUUAAACUGAACAUUUCCAUCAAAGGUUACGAUAGACAACAUGAAGCUCAUCAGAUUACUGUCACAUCUGAGUCCAGAAACCAUCAUUUAUGUCCCGAAUCUUAGGACCAGCUUUGUUUUUGCCACAUUGUCAACAGUCAAAGUGAAAUAAUUUGAAAAGACACUGGUAAGUUAGAUUAACCCGAGAGUGAAGGAUCCGGUUACCGUGAUGGAGGUUGGGUGAUGAUUUCAGUGUUUGUGUAUCUGAUGCUAAAUUUGAGACAAAAGCGGCAUUUCCACUGCAAGAACUCUUCUUAUAGACCAGGAACUGUUCGAAGUUCUCGGUACAUCUCCACUCCAGGGAAUAGAGUCUACAUCCAGUUUUAUGAAGUUUUGAAUCACCCCCAAAAGUACAGGGACUUACAGGACUGGAUGUUUUUGAUUUAUUGAGUACCCUCAGCUUUAAGAACACUUACUAUGCAACAAAGAGUUGGAGUACUAGAGGAACCUUUUCACCCCUUGAAAAGAAACCCCUUGAAUUUAGUUCUUGGUACUUUUAGUUGGAAAAUAAAGUGUAAACUUGGUUUCCAAUCCUUGCAAUGCCAUAAAAUCUAGACACCAGGAUCAGAACUAAACUUUUUAUUUAGCUCCCCAAAAGGUUCUUGCAAGGAGGUAAUAUUUUUGGUACUUUUGAGGGAAAUUUUCAUCUAAUCUUGGUUUCAAAUCCUCUCCUCUUGGGGAUUUAUGGUCAUUGUUCUGGGGUUUUACAAUCAGAAUCAUUAUAGGGUUAGUUGAUAAAGGCUCUAAUGGACAUGGGACUCUUUUUUUAGUGGCGUAGUGCUGUUUUUGACUCUGCUUUCAUUUUUCCAAAGCUUGCCGCUGAAUACAUUCAUUCAGAGAUUCUUGUCUGGUCCAAAUAUCAGCUGAAAAUUGUAGAGGACAAAGCGUUUGCUGUUAAAGCUCUGAGAAAAAUCCACCAGAGAAGAUCAGGCCAAUCAAGUCCGUGAACUCUUCAGUCCCUCUUUAAAAAGUUCUUUUACUUGCGAGUGUUUCCUGAGUUUUUCUUGAAUGUUUAACUUUAUUUUAGCUGUUUUAAGAGGCUUCUAACAAGUCCUCUCUUGGAUCUGUAUCUCAAACUCCUCCAUAAACAGAUAAAAUAAAAGGAUGAAGGUUUUGGUUGUUCCGUUUUGAAGAGUUGGGUCAACUUAGAGCAGCGUGUCUCUCCUGACCUGCCCUCUACUGAAUACCAGAUGACCCAGUCAACCAGAGCUCCCACUGAGAUAUGACAUGCACGCACGGUUGAAAUAGGUGUGAAUUGAUGCACACCCGUUCACCCUUCAGACUAUAAAUAGUUCUCUCAUGAAUGUGAUUUCCUGUCUCGCUGCAGCUAAUGAUAAUAUGAGAUAAAUAAUGGAUCUCCGUGCGUUUCAGGUGGGGAAGGAGACGGUUCAAACCACCGAGGACCAGGUGAUGAAGAGAGACAUGCCUCCUGCGUUCAUUAAGUAAGUCUGACUCGUUUAUGAGUCAGAGUCUCAGCAGCAGUGGAAUCCAGAGGAAGAUGGAAAAAAUGAUAUAAAAGAUGCACAUUAUCUCAGCAGACAGAGAACUUGUGAAAAAGAGGAUUCCAGACGGUUUAAUGUCAGGAAAAGUGGCUGCGUUCCCAGCUACAACAAAGAGCCACUUCUGAUGUCCGGCUCCAGCAUCCAGACCGCUGAGAGGCUACUUGUUGUUUUCCAGAAGAGCUGACAUGAACUUAGAGAGCUGACACUCUGCGAACUACAGAUUCAGACACCCAGCAGUGAUUUUCAUCCUUUAACUGGGAUUUUUAUACAGAUUUUUGCACCCCUGAUCUGAUUUACUCUCAUUUUUUACUUCUAAUUAGACUUUCAGUUUCAAGAAAAAGGGUUCAGACCUCAAGCAGAUCCACACACCGGCUUAUUGGCACACACACAAGGCAUUACACCAUAAAUCUCACUCACAGGGCUUAGGAGGGGGGCGUGUGGGAAUGUGAACCAGCCUAAAUAUAGAUGAACCAGCAGCCAUCGAUACCAUGGCCAGUGGGGGUCAGAAAGAGGAGUUACUUGGGUUUAUUAAAGCGCCCUUAAAAUCCGUCACCUCCUUCAGGUUAAAUCUUUGAUCCUCGAGGAGACUACUUACAAAAUAAAAGCCUUAAAGUUUGAUCGUUCUGGUUUUAUUAGGGAAUAAUUUAGAGAUUUUGCAGAAUUAAGAGGCUGUUGUAUUAUAAAGAGGAUGAUCUGUGACUCUCAGGUUGAAUUUCAGGGUUUAAACUCUACUUAACAUGACUUUGUUUCUGUAUUUAAGGCCCAAACCAGCACAAAAACUACAAGAAAUGAAAAUGAAAUCGAUCUUAAUAAGGAGGGGGUGAUAUAUUAUCCUAGUAUGUGAUAAAAAUGCAGGCAGCCACCUUUAAAGGUUGUGCGUUGAAUUCAAAGGCCUUUAUUUCACACGCAGUAGCUUCUUACACCAAGAGCCAGAUCUUUGGUAGCAUGAGAUCUGAUCUAUUUGUUUACAAGGUGAUAAAUUCCUGUUUUCUGUGAAGGCAUAUGUUGAGUUUGAUCUUGACUGCUCCUCUAAAGCCAUCUGUGUUUUUUUUCAGGGUGGAGAACUCGAGCUCGAAGCUGGUGCAGGCGGCUCAGAUGUUAAAAACGGAUCCAUACUCUGUUCCCGCUCGAGAUUACCUGAUCGAUGGGUCCAGAGGCAUCCUGUCAGGGACGUCUGACCUGCUUCUUACCUUCGAUGAGGCUGAGGUGUGUGUGUUUGUGUGUGUUUGUGUGUGUGUUUGCCUCUUUGUAUCCUGAGUGUGUCCUGAGGAUCCCUCUUACUUCGGAGGUGUGGUAUCUUUCAGGGAAAUAAAGCUUUAUUUAGCCGAGCAGAGGAAGGAGCGAGUCUGUAAUGGAGUCUCAGAUGCAGCCAGAUCUAAUCACCGAGAUCAAAUGACUUCCCUCUGUCGUAACUCGGGGUGUGUGUUUGUGUGUGUGUGUGCAUGCAUCUGUGUGUAAAAAUAUGGUAUGUACAGAGCUGUACAGUGUGUGUGUCUUUGUGCGUUGACUGUUUGAUGGCAGCUCUGUAAGUAGAGUCACAUUGGACACGUGAUAAAGCUCACCACGUCUCAUCAAGAGCCUCAUUUUUUAAAAGGGCAACUCCUCGCAGUCACAAGACGCACAUCACAAGACUGUACACACACACACACACACAAACACACACGUACUCAGAUACACCAAACAAAAUCAAAGCCUUUCUUUAACGCUGUCUAUAAAAAGCUCACAUGCACAUUGAAUUUUGUCCGAAUAAAUAAAAGCAUCUUUGUCUCCAAUCAUCAUACCAGCUUUUGAUCCAUACUUUGAGAAAGAAUCUCAUGUUUUCAAUCAUGUUUAUAUUUGUGGUGUGUUUUCCUCCAGGUGAGGAAGAUCAUCCGAGUGUGUAAAGGUAUCCUGGAGUACCUGUCGGUCGCUGAGGUAGUGGAGACCAUGGAGGACCUCAUCACCUACACCAAGAACCUGGGACCAGGUCAGCAGGACUGAAAUAAAGAGUGCUGGCCCCUUUUUUAAGCAAAUUUAACUUGAUGUUAAGAGAGUUUGAAGGAAAAGUUUGGAGAUAAGAGGGGAGACAAGAGGUUGCAACAUGUUUACCAAAAUCAGUCAUAUAAAAGAAAAUUACAGGUCAAGCUGUUGUGAUAAGACAUUUUCAAUUUUUUUUAUUCCACAGGCAGAUUUUUUUACUCACUCGAGUAAUUCAGUUCUUGUUUUUGGCACGUAACACCCAAGACAUUUCACAGUAAGACACUUUCACUAGAAAUAAGACAAAACCAGAGACUGAGAUUGGAGGUUUUUUUCUCCAGUUACUAUAUCAAAGCGAUGAGAAAGCAUCCAGAAAGUACACCAACUUAAAGGUUCUGAUGUUGGUCUUUGUUAAGACCAACACCAGAAGAAAGCACGAGCGACAAAUUUAAUUGAUAAUUAACUAAUUAAUGUUUGGCCAACAGAGGUUAAUGAUCACCUCAAAGCACUCCAAGACUGGCUCAUAGAGAUUUUGAGUUUGUUCACUGAGUUUCUGCACAGAGUGGCAGACACAAUUCAGGUGGGAUCUAAACUCCAAAGCUUAAUUUAUCGUGGUUAAACUUUUCAAAAGUUGAUUUGUAGCUUUGGGUGUAAAGAAGGUUAAAGGGAUAUUCUGGUGUAAAAUUAAGUUACGGUCAAACACACCGUAACACCGAGUUAGACACCCCCUCUAGAGAUGAAUGUUGCCGACUGCUUGCUUCUCGAGUUAAACCAACUUUAGUAACAACCGCAGAUAGCAAUACAGAGAGCCACGCGCUCAACCAAACGCAACUCUAUAGCCACAAAUAAUGCUCAGAACAGCACCUAACUUCAUCAACAGGACAUAUAGGGUCCCAGCCAUAGCACUAGCCACCAAACAUCUUUUUCAAUUUUACCUAAGAGACUAAACACAACUCACCUUCUCUCUUCCAGCAGCCGUUUGUUUGUAGGGAGACCUCGGGCCAGUCCAUUACGGACUAUAGUGGGGUGAUAGCUCAAAUGAGACAAGAUUAUUCCACUCAGCUUUUGGCACUAGUGUUGAUAUUUUAUUGGAGCACCAUUAAAACUUGAACUCAGUCAACCUGAGGUUUACUCUCUGGGCCAUCUGACAUGAUGACCGGCUAAAUUAACAGCUGACCGCUGCUUCAAAGACGCUGUGAUGAAGUCUUUUCCCUGGCAGGAGAGCCCGACCAUAAACAGGCUAUUUAUCAUCUGAGGUAAAAGGUCAAUUGUUUUGUCAGGGCGCUGUGGAAUAAUGAGCCAGAGGAAAUCUGAUGCCAAGGCUUUCUCUCCCCCAAUCAAGCUGUCAUUGUCCGAAAUCAGUGGUUUGAGAAGUAAUGAUUUGAAUGCAUCAAAACUGGGAAAAAUAAUCCAGUGUAUCUGCUUUUUCUUUAAAUUUCGUUAAUCUCUCCGUUUGACUUUCAGGGAUGACCAAAAUGUCGAAAAUGAUUGAGGAGCGGCAGCAGGAGCUCACACACCAGGAGCACAGACAGAUGCUGAUCACCUCCAUGAACACCAUCAAAGAGCUGCUGCCUGUUCUCAUAUCAGGUGUGUGUGUGUGUGUGUGUGUGUGUGUGUGUGUGUGUGUGUGUGUGUGUGUGUGUGUGUGUGUGUGUGUGUGUGUGUGUGUGUGUGUGUGUGUGUGUGACUGUGACUGUGUGGGAAAACCUCUGUGCAGGUCAGAGUCUGAGUGGACCCACUGUUGUUAUAGCAACACUCAUAAUUACAGUCAUUAGUUGCUAGGGAUGUCAGACUGACUACACACACACACACACACACACACACUCACACACACAUAUAUCACCCACUAGCUGCUCUCUUAUACUGUACCGAGCUCUGCGGCAGCAAAGAGGAGAGACACUGUUACAGGUUUUGCAGGCUGUAAAUUCAAACAUGCAUUUUUAAUGUGAUGCAAUGUUUGUACCAGUAGUUUGGUCUUCCAGGAUCAUGUGUGAGCUAGCAAUUUAAAGCUGCAGUAUGUCAAUAUGUCAAUCAAUAUUCUUUUAUUGGUCACAUGUCUGUCUGUUAAAGAUAUCUCAAGUAUAGAUCGUUAACAAGAAGCUGACAAAACAGCAAGUCUCUAAAGUGAAGUGAAGCUUGGGUGCUGCUCACGCCAAAUACUGUUAUGAUAGUUGUCCUUUUUGCUGGUUUGACUUUUUCUUCCCCCACCCUCUACCGCUGACAUUUCUUCUCUCUCUUUAGCUUUACCUUCCAAAAAAGGAAAAUAACCCCAAAAAUAUUUACAUUCAAAAAGUGAGGCCAAGACUAAGGUCCCUCAAACCAGUGACCAUCACUCUGAAGUGUUAGAUAUUGACUAUAUCUGAUAUUGAUAUUUUUCAAACUCCAGUGAUUUAUUUUAAGGCUUUUUGUCUUUAUUCUGUGUUAGUAGAUGUUUAGCUUUGUUCUGUUUCAUUUUUUAUAUAUCAAAUUUGGUUUUAUUUCAAAUUUACUAUUUAGGUGAAGUUUUGAGAAAAGCCCUCACUAUUGUGUUUACCUUUUUCUUGACUGUGCAAAUAAAUUAACCUAAUAAACCCAAACCUUUAUGAAGGCUGGCAGGGGAGACUUUAGCGUCUGCUAAGAGAAGUCUAAACCCUUUCACACAUGCACAUCAAUAUGGGAGACUAUAUGUGGGAGUAUGGUGUUAAUCCCUGCCCCAAGUGUGAGAAAGCAGUCAGAUUAUCUGUGAGUGUUUUCAGCUCAUUUUAAAGCAUACUGAUGAUAUAUUAUCCUUUUUUCUCUCAGGGUUUUGGCCGAGAGUUUUUUGUUUCACACUGAAAAUAGAUAAUCUAGACAUAUCUAACAGGUAUUUGUAAAAUAGAUAAUGUAGACACAUCUAACAGGUAUUUGUUUCAUUGGCCAUUUGUUGUCUCAGUCUUAUUGUAAAGUAUGUUUCUGUUUUCAGCUAUAAAGAUUUUUGUGGCGACAAAAAGCAGUCGAGGUGCCGGUGUGGAGGAAGCGGAGAGGAACCGCAAGUUCACGUUUGAAAAGAUGAGCACUGAAAUCAACGAAAUCAUCCGAGUCUUACAGCUCACCACGUGGGACGAGGACGCCUGGGCCAACAAGGUAGAUGAAUAUACGGCGUAUUUAAACAGUUUUCUUACUUUUAUACCCAGAAACCCUCAAAUCCUGAUAAUCACGUUUUUGCUUUGCUGUGCCUGUUUGUACACAAAUGGUACACAGACACACACUCUUCCUACACAACCCUCUCUUAAAAUACUCACUCUUUACUUUCUGUUUCUACUUUUCUGUUUGCUCGCCAGUAUAACUCCUGGUUUUUCUUUUUUCCUUUUCCUUUCUUUACCUUUCUCCUCCAUUCUUUUCCUCCCUGUAGAAGGUAAGCCUGUUUCUCUCCCCCCUCUGCAGUUCCCAGCAUGCACCUGUGUAUGUGUGGUUGAGACGAGAAGGAAAUAAUGUCCUUGUGUUUACACGUUUCUGUCAUGCUGGUUGUUAACAGCAUAAAUGUGUUGUGUGUUUAAAACCUGCUGACUGUUGAUCUCUGUGAUGAUGUUCAGUGCAGACCCUUCAUCACUAUGUUGUUUAAUGUGCAUCUGUUUGUCUCUUGGUGUCCAUUUGAGUCAAAUGGCUUGAAACAGAUGGAGGUUUGGUGGAAGUUUUUAAAGGGAUAGUUCUGAUAUUUUGACGUGGGUCUGUCUGUGGUACCUGUAAUCAAAGCUUGAAUGUACAAAACCCUAUUCUGUUGAAGUUGGGAAAUUGUGAUAAACGUACAAAGACAAGAUAUUUAAUGUUCAAACUCAUUAACUUUAUUUUUUAUUUUUUUGGGAAAAUAAUAAUUAACUCAGAAUUUCAUGGCAGCAACACGUGACAAAGAAGUUGGGAAAGGUGGCAAAAAAUACUGAGAAAUUUAAGGGGUUGCUAAUCAAACACCUAUUUGGAACAUCCCAUAGGUGAGCUGUCUUAUAGGGAACAGGUGGGUGCCAUAAUUGGGUAUAAAAGCAGAUUCCCCAACAAUUCUCAGUCAUUCACAAGCAAGGAUGGGGCGAGGUUCAGCACUUUCAACAUCUUACAUUCCAUAAUAAAAUCAAAAGGUUCAGAGAAUCUGGAGAAAUCACGUAAGCGGCACGGCCGUAAACCAACACUGAAUGCCCGUGACCUUCGAUCCCUCAGGCGGCACUGUAUCAAAAACCAGCAUCAAUGUGUAAAGGAUAUCACCACAUGGGCUCAGGAACACUUCAGAUAACCACUGUCAGUAAAUACAGUUCUGGGCCCGAGCUCAUCUAAGCUGGACUGAUGCAAAGUGGAAAAGUGUUCUGUGGUCUGACGAGUUUUUGUUUUUGGAAACAGUGGACGUCGUGUCCUCCGGGCCAAAGAGGAAAAGAACCAUCCGGAGUGUUAUCAAUGCAAAGUUGAAUGUAUGGGGGUGCAUUAGUGCCCAAGGCAUGGGUAACUUACACAUCUGUGAAGGCAACAUUAAUGCUGAAAGGUACAUACAGGUUUUAGAGCAACAUAUGCUGCCAUCCAAGCUGCCAUGAAGUGUAAAAUACGACAACGGAGACCCCGGACUGUUGAACAACUGAAGCUGUACAUCAAGCAAGAAUGGGAAAGAAUUCCACCUUCAAAGCUUCAACAAUUAGUCUCCUCAGUUCCCAAACGUUUAUUGAGUGUUGUUAAAAGGAAAGGUGAUGGAACACAGAGGUAAACAUGCCCCUAUCCUAACUACUUUGGCACAUGGUGCAGCCAUGAAAUUCUGAGUUAACUAUUAUUUGCAAAAAAAUUAAAGUUUAUGAGUUUGAACAUUAAAUAUCUUGUCUUUGUAGUGAAUUCAGUUGAAUAUAGGUUGAAAAGGAUUUGCAAAUCAUUGAAUCCUGUUUUUAUCUACGUUUAUCACAAUUUACCAACUUCAAUGGAAUUGGGUUAUGAAGUUGACAAUGAAACUUCCUUUUCCUGAAGAUUUUAAAGAUGGGGUAUCUUUUCCUCUUUACAAAACAGAGUUUCCUGGUGAACAAUCAAAUCUUUAAUGUUUAAGUGCUCAACUAUGUGACACUAAAACCCCGUCCACAGCUCCUCUAUUUUGCAUAAUUCUUUCUAUAUUUACAAGUACAUCAUAAAGACCCCGAUAAAAAGUCCGAACUACCCCUCUGAGCUGGGUAAUUCAUUUUUAGUGUGUGACUUUGUGUUGAAACAAAGUCCAUAUUCGCUAUGUGGAAUUUCCCCCUCUCGUGUCGCUAAUGCUAACAAUGAAGUAAAGCUGCGAGUUCGAUGAAAAGAUGCUGUGAAGGGUUGAAUAUUCACGCUGUCUGAAAUGUUUUUGGUGCAUCAGUUUGGAGAAUGUGCCGUGAGAUAUCUGACUGUUAAAUUUAGGAUCUACUUCACUGGUCUAACCUGUAACCCUGCAUGUUUCUCUGCACACAGCUGCCUUAGACUCUGACCCGUCUGUUUGAGAGUGUGUGUGUGUGUGUGUUUGCUGUGGACGUACUUGCAAACCUUGUGUGUGAUCUGCGAUAAGCACUUACUGUAGGGUGUGUUGGAGAAGUGCUGGCACAUGAUGACUGUCCUGUGGGGUCAUGAAUUAUAGAAAUAAACUGGUUGGUGUCCAGACACAUCCAUAAUAGAUGGGUUGUAUUGAACGGUUUCACUUAAGAGGUUCGGUCUCCAUUCAGCUGGAAAAAACUCCUGUUUUCUGAACCUUUUACGAUGCAAUGAAAGAGUCAAUAGAGUUUCACAUACGAGGUCUUUAACCCUUUUUACCUUUUAUUAUUAAUCAAACUAAAGUUUCUAAGGCUGCGUAGACUUCCAGAAAACUCCUUCCAGUUUUCAAUAAAAACAAAAAAAGCUUGUAUUAUUAAAGCUUCUAGGAGGAGUUUAGUGACGUUAAUGAAUAUUGAUAUCUCUUUAUGAUACACAAAAACAAACAAGUGUUGAUUUUGAUUCUGCAGUUUUUAAUGCCUGAAACUGUUGUGAGGGGGUAGCUUACAAUUGGGCUGCAUUAAAUAAUCACAAAAACAACAAAUUUCACCAGCAGGAUGAGAUUUUUCGUCACACUUUCACAUAGAGGACAAGAUAGGCAAAGACUGUUUUGUCCACCGGGGGCGCCAAAUUUAACAAAAAUCCAGAGUUACUCACAGGAGCUUUAAAGAGAAACACUUAAACAGGCAGGACAGGGGAAUUCAAGUUUAUUCAUAAAUGGUUUAUGGUUUUUGUGAUUUGCUAAAUUUGUGAGAAAAGCAUAAAUAAAGCCACUAAAGGCCUGUCAUGUUAUUUUAGAGGGAUAAUUUAGUGAGUAAAGAAACAAUGGUCGGUAUUUUGACUCUGUAUUUACAGUUUGCCAGAGUGUAAAGCUUUGAACUCAAGCUUCACACGAGUCUGUGUUUCUCUUUUUCUCAGGAUAUGGAGGCUUUAAAGAGAUCCCUGGCUUUGAUCGAGUCAAAGAUGGGACAGGCUAAAAGCUGGCUCAAAGACCCUCAUGGACAACCAGGUAGCUGGAUUUGUAUCUGCUGAAACACUAAAUCACCUUUUUAGACGUAGUCCCACAGUCUUACGCUGCGGCAUGUUGUCGUUGUCCUCAGGAGACCCCGGUGAGGUCGCCCUGCGUGUGAUCCUGGAUGAAGCUGGUAAGGUGGGAGAGCUGUGCGCUGGGAAGGAGAGGAAAGACAUCCUGGCGACCACUAAAGCUCUGGGACAGAUGACCGACCAGGUCGCGGAUCUACGAAUCAGGUAGUGUGUUUGAUAAAUUUGGACUUCAUAUGUGAGUGGAUGGAGUUACAGUGACAUCAGUUCGUGAUUUCUGAGGUUUUAUUUGAAGCAUUUUGCGUUCUUGGCAACUAAAAACAACAUUACUACAUCUCUAUCCUGGCCGGCACACUGCUAUGGGAGAGACUUGGCAAUAACAUGCACGAAACUACACCCAACUUUAUCAUUAUUGAGGUAAUUCUAACCAUUCAGUUUUAUACAAUCAGCACCCUGUAGAGUCGCCCCCUGCUGGUUGCUGAAAGAGUGCAGGUUUCAGACUCUUUCAAAUUGGCUUCACUUUAGAGGAACAAGUCACGCUUCAUCCAUUUCUUAAAUACGCUCUGUGGUUUGAAGCGAUUUUAUUUAUUUCUCUCUCUUUAUGACUUUAUUUCAUUAUCAUGCCUCAGCCUCGUGUGUGUGUGUGUGUUUGUGUGUGUGUGUGUGUGUGUGUGUGUGUUUGUGUGUGUGUUUUUGUCAUUGACAGAGGCCAGGGCCCGACCUCGGGGUGUGUGCAGCGUGCAGGCCAGUGCUCGCAGGGCUUAGACUUGUUAUUUGGCAAAGUGGACAGUGCUGCUCGCAGACUGGAGGCUUUAAUCAAUGCCAAGCAGGCCAUUGCCAGGAGGCUGGAUGCUGCACAGGUCAGAUAAAACAACAAUAACAAACAGUAAUCCAUGUUAGCCCACAGGACCUUCUCUCUGCGGGACAGUUACAGUUUCUUUGUCUCUUGCCUUCUAGUUACAUAUUCGUGAUUAAAACACAACAUUUAAAAUCAGUUUUUUACACCUUUUUGUAACAAUAACAAUCCCUAAAUGAUUAAAUUAAAAUCCACAGAGGUUAUUUUUGUCUGAUUUGGGAAAUUUAAAAGUCAGCAUUACCACAGAAGCACCUUUCUAUAUGCUUUAAUGAUUUAGAUAUUGAAAGUUUAAGAUAGUGCAAGUCAUUUUAGCACACUGCAUUUCUGUCAUGCAUCACAGAUAUCUUUUACUCUAUUAUUCUAAGUUUUACUCUGCUUAAUAAACUCAUUUGUGCCUAUUUUUUCAGUGCUUUGUAUACUGUAAAUUAUCAUUAAAGCCACUGUGCAUAAGGCAGAAGUUAAAUGCUUGAAUUACAGAUUGAACAUGAUCUUUUCCCUCUUCCUGUGGUGUUAAUGCACAGAUUAAUCUUACAAAUCGAUCCGAUUAGAAACUGAAUCAUGUAAGUGUUUAUUUCAGGCCUGGCUGGCUGAUCCUAAUGGCGGUCCUGAGGGGGAGGAGAAUAUCAGAGCGCUGCUAGCAGAGGCCAAACGCAUCGCCGAUCUCUGUGAAGACCCCAAAGAGAGAGACGACAUCCUGCGCUCCAUCAGCGAGAUCGCAGGCCUCACUGCCAGACUGAUGGAGCUGCGCAGACAGUACGCUCUCCUUCCUUUCUCUAACAUGCAUGAUCAAUGAUCUCCUUAAAUACUUACAGUAACCUUCAGACCCUCUUUUGUAGGCUCAAACUGCAACCUCAUGCAGCCAAUAGGUGGCAUGUUUUACCUGCGUGGAGAUUAUGUUGUUGCCUGUCUACCCUGGGCAUCAGCCCCACAAUAAGGUUUCUCAGUGUUUGAAUUUGGUGUGACGGGGUUUUGGUGCAAAUGUGGAGGGUCAGUAAGAGUUUGAGGGUCAAAACUUGGUGGACCCGGGAGGAAAAUACCACUUUAUUCAAGGCAUACAACACUGAAUUUUAUCUUGCACACAGUUUGAUAGUGAAAUGUUGAUUUUAAACAGUAAAUUUCUUAAACGUUUCUUAAGUUCAAUGACUCACAGAGAGAGAUGAGUCACUGUUAAGAAUAUAAAUCACUUCUCUCCAUUUCCACUUCUGCAGAGACCGUAAAAGGGAACCAGAGAUAAACAUGACAAAGACAAACAAAUGAGCCAGUGUCAAACAAAUCCAAAAUAAAAUAUGAAUCUGAACUUUAAAAAGGAGAAAACACGACAAUUUAACACAGAAAAAACCUUUAAAUGGAGUAUAAAUCCUCAUUCACUUCCAUUAAGGAAGAAAAUAACUUCACUGCUCUGGCUCUGUAGUUUAUGGAUAUUUUCUAAUAUGGUAAAUUGAAUGUGCAAGAGAGAAGGAUCAUAAAAAAAGAAUAAUUUUAUUCUGCAUCUCAACUAAAUACACUCACCAUAAAAGGAAAUCAGAGAUUAAAGUGACAAAACAAAAUAAAUGAUCAUGUGUGACCAAACCUGAACCAAAACUGUGAAUCUGAACCAUAAAAAUCGAAGUCUGAGGCAACAGAAUCUCAUUUUUUUACUCUAAAACAGUGUAAAUAAUAUUUACUCCUCUGGCACUGAGCCUGGCAGUAAUAAUGAAACUGUUCACCGGAUCUUGACAUCUGCAUCUUUACAAAAUAACACUAAUUUAACCUUUUUUAACAGAUUUUCUUACAGGUUGUACUGGACAUAAGCUGGCGGUGAUGAAACUGAAUAAAAAGUGGUGUUAAUUUUAUAAAGUGGUAUUUUCCUUUAAGGUGAUAUCUGGGGCCUGGUUGUUCAAAAGUAUCUGAUUGGUUCAAGUGGAGACUGAAAAGCUUUUUUUUACUUUAACAGUUUUUUGUUUAUUUUUCUUUAACUGUUUAAUUGCAACUAAGACAAACUGAUAAAGAAAAGACAUAUUGGACUUUAUUACUAAAACUUGGUCAUUGCUCAAUAUCAAACGCAAGUAUUUGGUCUAAAAACAACUGUCUGUAUGGUGUUUGGCGCCCCCUGUGGACACUCCACGUAGCCUGCAUUUGAUCCUCAGUAAUCAGGAUUGAGGGAUGUUUAAUCCUGCAUAGCAAACACAUCACUUCUCAAUAGUGGACCAUACUUGUCCAGAUUGAACCUUUUGAACAACUAGCUCUGGGGUUUUCGGGUCUUGAUAUAAUGGCACAUCUUUACCCCUUUCUUAAACUGCUCUGUUUCUGUCUCAGGGGUAAAGGUGACACCCCCGAGGCCCGUGCCUUGGCGAAGCAGAUCGGUGCGGCGCUGCUGACCCUGCAGUCCAAAACGAACCGGGCCGUUGCCAACAUGAGGCCGGCCAAACCUGCUGUCACCCUGGAGGGCAAGAUGGAGCAGGCCCUUCGCUGGGUGAACAGCCCCGGAGUGGACGACAGAGGAGUGGGUGAGCCAGGGUGGAGGGGGGGUGACGGCAUGAUGUAGUGUUUCAGUUCAAAAAUAGACGCUGUGACCUUCCAUGCCUUUAGUCAGAGCGGUUAUGAUUGAUGGAGAGUGAGUGAAAGUGGCUUUAACAGCACCUGGGGCCCUUUGUGACAGUUACAGGAUGUGAGGCAUUUAUGGUCCAAUAGGAUUUUUGAUAUUCCUCAAAUGGUUUUAAUAUCUAUGAUAGUGCAGGCACAUUAUUAAUAUAAUCCUCAUUCACUCUGCCUCUCUUGUUGGGUUUGGGUAUCAGGUUUUAUUCACAAUAAAUCAACAGAAGUGGAUUUAUUGAUUUGAACAUGUAUUACCGGGGGAGGAAGGCUGUAAGGUUGCUGUUGCCUCUUCCUCUGACUUGGCUGGUGACUGAUGCCACUUCCUUACAUCCCCACAGGAAGGUCUCUCACCCAUGACUCACUCACCCAUGAAUGACUAACUUCACAGGCUUCAUCGUUCAUUGUUUGGUUUUUACUGAUCUCUCUGAUAUCUGUUGCUCCGUUCCUGUUGUGUUGUUUUGAUUGUUUCCUCUAUUCUUGCACGCUUCCCUAUGGGAGCAGAGUGUGAGAUACUACAGUGGAACGAAGGUACCUGCCAAAUAUAUGUUCACAAGAUAUGACUUAUGAAUCUCAGUUGAUUGUUUUCCCUGUAUAUUAGAACAUAAUAUCCACAAAGACUGACCUGAACCUGUUAUUGGCUGUAUCCAGGAACACAGAGAUGUUAAAUAUCUAGAUGUGAUUUAAAGACAUCUUCCUUCCCCGUGUGUCCUCCCAGGCCAGGCGGCGAUCAGAGGGAUGGUUGGAGAAGGGAGGAGGCUGGCGGGAGGCCUGUUGGGUCCGUACAGACAGGAUAUGACAGGACGCUGCGACAGAACAGAGGCUCUGAUGAACUCUCUGGCAGACAUGGCUGGCAAGGGCGAGGCCGAGGCGCCUCACGCCCGAGCUACAGCCGCACAGCUGCAGGACAGUCUCAAGGUAGACCACCAGCAGGUUCACAGAUACACAUAUUGGUAUAUGAAAUGGUGAAAAGUCCUAAUCUUCAAAACAACAGGUUAUCUUGGAUUGAAAAAGAGUUGUCAUAGACAUAACUCGAGGGUACAGGGCAGUCAAAAAAACAGCAACUGGUUGAUCCAAGUCAACAUUAUCCUGCAAGGAGGACCAAAGGCUGGUGGUGCUAGCUCUGCUAUCUUUAGCCACACUCUGCAAACCGCUUUCUCGCUCUUUAACUGCAGAUUCUGUGAUCCAGUGUUUAGCUAUGUUAAGUACAUUGAGCUUAAUUGUAGCUGCUUCUUGGAUGUUUUCUUACCUUUAGUUAAAGAAAUCAAAUUUCAAUUCAAAAAACAGGGAAAUUAGUCACUUCAAAGCAUCACUAGUUGAGGUUUUGUGGUUUGUUUCAACUUUUCAUUGGAAGCAGAGGGUCAAGACAUGUACCGAAAUAUCAAGCAGUUGUUGGUUGUAAUUUGAAGGAAUGAUGCACAUGUGAUAAAAAAUUAAAAUACCAAAUUAAAUGUUUACAAAGAAGUAAUUUAUCCCAAUGAUGAAUACAUCCUUGCACACGAUUGAUGCAGCUGUAGAGCCAAGGUCGUUUAAUACAUCUGCAUCUUGUUUACCUUUUCAAAGAUUUUAUUUUGAAGGCUGUUUAAUCCAUUUAAUAGUAAAAACUGUCCUCUCAUACGAAACACUUCAGCCUUAGUCAUUUUAAUCAGGACUGAAUUUGGCAGAUUUGAGUAAAACUGAAAAAAGAAAUUGAAUACAGAAUUUUUCCUGUAAAACAUCAUUGAUUAUGUAUUCUUUUCAAGUUUAAUGAGGUGCUUACUUACAUGUUAAAAUACUCAUAUUUAUGUCUUCUUUAAAAGUCGCAUAAUGAGCAUCACUUAAAGUAUUAGUGCAGAGCUCCCCCUAGUGGACAGAGUUGAACACUCUCUUCUUCAAACAGGACCUGAGGCAGCACAUGCAGGAGGUGAUGACCCAGGAAGUAUCUGACGUCUUCAGUGACACCACCACGCCUGUCAAACUGCUCGCUGUCGCUGCAACUGCUCCACCAGACGCUCCGAACAGAGCAGAGGUCAGCGGCGUUCAAAAAGCAUCCCGAUAAUCAGCACCACCCAGCGUCUGACACCACAUGUGUAAAUGAACUAAGCUGAGUUAAGAUGAGAGCCAAAAUCUCUGUUUGUUGCAGGUUUUUGAAGAACGGGCAGGUAACUUUGAGGCCCACGCAGGUCGGCUCGGAGCGACGGCAGAAAAAGCUGCAGCCGUGGGAACAGCCAAUAAGAGCACAGUGGAGGGCAUACAUGCUGCUGUAAAACAUGCCAGGGAGCUCACGCCACAGGUGCUGCUGUUUGCUCUGCUCUCUGAUUUGCAUGAUUGCAUACAUUGAUAAAAAAAUAUACAGUUGUUGGAGUUGUUUCACGCACAGUCUCACUCUGACGGUUUUUUAAUGUGCAGGUGACUUCAGCUGCUCGAAUCCUGUUGAAGAAUCCAGGGAAUAAAGCAGCAUACGAGCACUUUGACACGAUGAAGAACCAGUGGAUUGACAAUGUGGAGAGACUCACUGGUGAGGAUUUGUCACCAUAUUUUCUGCAACUGAAAUGAUUUAAGAUUUUGCAAAGAACAAAUAUUAGAAAAUGUAUUAAAAUUAAAAGUACAAAUUGAGGAAGAUUUCAGAUUCAUCCGUGUGUCUCCUCAGGUCUGGUGGAUGAGGCCAUAGACACCAAAUCUCUGCUAGAUGCAUCAGAAGAGGCCAUAAAGAAAGACAUAGAUAAGUGCCGAGUUGCCAUGGCGAAUGUUCAGCCCCAAAUGCUUGUUGCCGGGGCAACAAGCAUAGCAAGACGAGCUAACCGGGUCCUGUUGGUGGCGAAGAGGGAGGUGGAGAACUCUGAAGAUCCUCGGUUCAGAGACACAGUGAAACAUGCGUCAGACAUCCUCUCACACACCAUCUCGCCCAUGGUGAUGGACGCUAAAGCUGUGGCUGGAAACAUACAAGAUAAAGGUGUGGAAAUACACAACAGGAACGCCUUUUCAGAUACAAUAUAACAGGGUUUAUUACAUCUAUAUCUGUGUUCAUGCUUCACCCCCUCCUCUGCAGCUCUCCAGAAGGCCUACAUAGACUCCUGUCUGAGGAUUUUGGCUGCAGUUGGAAAAGUCAGAGAAGCUUUCCAGCCUCAAGAGCCGGACUUCCCUCCUCCUCCUCCAGACCUGGACCAGCUCCAUGUAAGCUCAUUCACACACAUACUCCCUACUAUCACUGCAGGGAAAAUACAGAUCAUAGAAGACUAAAUUAGAGUACUAGCAGUGACCUUAAACCAGUUAGAUUCAAGGUCUGUCAGUAAUAUAAAGCAGCAUUUCUGAAUCCACUGUAAAAUUCACCACGAAUCCUUGAUUUAAAGCCCCUGUGAGGAGUUUUUUACAUUUAUAAAAUAGGCUGAAAUUCAGUCUGACGCCUUUUAGGACAUUUAAAAGUGAACAAGACCAUCAGCAUCAAUGCUGUUCAUACUAUACUGUUCAAGAGCUCAGGUGUCAACCAGGUAGCUAAAGAAACGGCCCUAUUUGUACAAUUUCCAGGUGUUUCGCUUUCCAGGUCAAUGUGUCUGUCUGUUCUUCUUUUUAACGACCACCGGACAUAAACGUCACCGCUCUUCAAAUUCUGUUUUUUCCAGGUUAGCGAUGAACAAGCACCACCCAAGCCCCCUCUACCAGAAGGAGAGGUACCCCCACCAAGACCCCCUCCUCCAGAAGAGAAGGAUGAGGAGUUCCCAGAGCAGAAGGUCGGGGAGGUGCUCAGCGAGCCCAUGAUGGUGGCCGCCAGGCAGCUGCACGAUGAGGCACGCAAGUGGUCGAGCAAGGUCAGUCCGUUCAGACGAACACAAGACUGUACAGUUUCUAUAUUCAUCCAAACAGCUCAGACAGAGUCUCUCGAUACGUCUUUGAAGGAAAUAAAAAAAGCUCAAUAUUUGCAGUUUUUGUCUUUUGCACUUUAUCUCCUGUUGGUGUCUGUGUUUGUCAAAGUGUUUAAUUUAGUGGAGGAGCAAAGGAAUCACUAUUCUGUGGCAGUAAUGGAUAAUUAUCCAGACAUGAAUGUUUCUAUUUCUCCUACUAUGUUUAAUGGCCUUUACAUUAAACAUCUUCAGAAGCCAGACUGCAUUAUCUCUUUUAAGGCCGCACGUGAGUCAAAGUGAGUUUCUGAGCACACUGCCAGAUCCCGAAAUACACCAGGAGGAUGCAAACCACUAGGUUUUGGACACGUUUAAGUCUUGUUUGACUGCACAAAAGCUUUACAUACUUUCCACUCAUCUACUGCCUCAGAGCAAGGCACAUCAUCCACCCGCUUCCAACCCCAAACAGCUCUCCUUUCCCUUCCCUUUGCUUCCAUUUUUGCCUGUGCGUGCAAAAAUUUCACUUCCUGUCUCCCUGCUUCUCUUCAGCGCUUGUAUUUGCUUGUCCUCCUCCCUGAAAAUCUCCUGUCCUUUGUUUUCCAUACUGUACUAAAUGCCUCCUUUCCCCAUGCUUCCCUGGCUUUCUCCUCCCCCUUCCUCUCCAUAUUCCUCCUUUUUUUCUUCCUCCUCUUCCCUCUCCUCCCACCCCCUUUUGCCUCCCUCCCAUCCUCCAACCGCCAUCGCCAAUCCUUCUCCUCCCCUCGCCCAAACCAGCCUGAGGAUGAGGAGGCAGUAGAGGAGAGGGAGGUAGAUGAGGAAGAUGAGUUUACUGAUGGUGAGGAUGACUAUGAGCCAGAACUGCUGAUGAUUCCCUCCAACCAGCCUGUCAAUCAACCCAUUCUGGCAGCUGCCCAGUCUCUCCACCAGGAGGCGCGCAAGUGGUCCAGCAAGGUCUGCACGCACAUGUACAUGAGUGCACACACAACCAGACACUGGGCUGGAAGUACCUCUAACAGGCACUCACACACUAAGAAGUCCGAAGCAUGCAAACAGAUAAACGCUCCACACAAAGAGAAGCAAGAAACAAGCCAACGCUCUGCACACGUGUCAACCAUGGAAACCUCCGACCAGCUGUGCUGCUUUUUACUGCUGUUCCGUUUCACACAGACAUGGUUGUGCUGAUGCGAUUCACACUGCAGGCAUUUAUAUCCAAAGUGACAUUAUUCUCAUGCUGGUUUUCAGGUCAUGAAUCUUAAAUAGAUUGUGUUAAAGGUCAACCAAACUUUCAACCGAUCCAGCAAGAGACAAAGAGGUGAAGCUGAGACUGGCCUUUAGCCUCCUGGCCACCACUACAAUGAGUCCCUCUGUCCAUCUCUCUGCGUUAAAAUGAGCACAUUAGCCUUUUAUUCUCAGAGUGACGACAGAGGAAAAUAGCUGCUCUAUGAAAAGGAUAAAUGCCAAAGUUGCCCUAAAGGUCACAGAUUGAUGCAUUGGCUCAAUCGUUUGUUUCACAGCAGGAACAAACUGAUAUUGGCCUGAUGUGCUGUCCCUGUACUAACGAUCAGGUCAGGUGCUUUAAAUCAAGAGUAACGAGCUCUGUCAAUUACUUUCUGCCUGGCUCACCAAUGAAGCCAACAGAUUCUUGGUUGAUUUAGUUUGCCUGUGUGCCCGGUCUGAUCACAUGCUUCUGCUCCUCACUCUCAGGGUUUGUACCGAUCACUCCAAAGGUGAACAAAAGUAACACACACAUACAAAUACUAACCCCUAGAUAGCUGUGAAAAGAGGGAAACACUGUUUUCCUUAAAGGCAGAAUGGUCUUCUUCAAUGGGAAUUGAAGAAGCUGCACUGACACUGCAUCCAGCUUUCUGCUUCAAAUCCAGUGCCUGUUUUGUUUUACUUCAUAUUCAUUCAUAUAAAUCACAAACGUCUGCAUAAUCUCCUGUACCUUACAUUUUGAUUACCACCUGUGCAAACAUGACUCAUGAAAUGUUUGCAUUCUCUCCUCUUAUCCAAAGCCAAGCUCUUCUCAAACACUCACAGCUCUUCCUCUUCCUCCUCCUCCUCCUUCCAUUUUUCAAAGGGUAAUGAUAUCAUAGCAGCAGCCAAGCGGAUGGCUCUGCUAAUGGCAGAAAUGUCACGGCUGGUGCGAGGCGGAAGUGGAAAUAAACGAGCGUUGAUCCAGUGUGCCAAGGACAUCGCCAAGGCCUCAGAUGAGGUGACAAGGCUGGCUAAAGAAGUAGCCAAGCAGUGCACAGACAGGCGCAUCAGAACUAACCUGCUACAGGUAAACUCAAACAGAAGAUAAAUCAUGAGGAAAAUGUUGUGUGCAUGGACAUUUACGUGUUUCUCUUCUUUCAAAGGUGUGUGAGAGGAUCCCUACUAUCAGUACUCAGCUGAAGAUCCUGUCCACUGUCAAAGCCACUAUGCUGGGACGAACAAACAUCAGUGAAGAGGAGUCAGAGCAGGUAAACUCAAGAACAUGGACGUACUUUAAUUACCUUUUCCUGCGUAGCACAGGUACUUCACAGCCUUUUUAACUUCCCUUACAGACAGAUUCCUUAAUCACAACAUAUCACUCAAACUUACUGGGCCUGACCUGUGCAGUUUUAAACUGGUUUACGUCAUAUCUGCAUGGCAGGUAGUCCUGAGAUUUUGCAUUGAAAUUAAUGUUACCGGUGGGGUUCCCCAAGGCUCAAUUCUCAGACCACUACAGUUUAAUCUGCAAACGCUUCCACUUCCACACAUUAUAGACAAGCACAAAAUUAAAAUAAAUAAAUAAAUUUAAUAAUAAUAAUAAUAAUAGUAAUAAUACUAAUUGUAAUAAUAGAAAUAAUAAUAAUAAUGAUAAUAACAACAAUAAUAAUAAUGAUAACAAUAAUAAUAAUAAUAAUAAUAAUAAUAAUAAUAUCAAUACCGUUCAUUCCCUCAUUCAGUGCUCCACUGUUAUCAGUACAUGGAUGACUGUCAACUUUUACCACUAAAUAAAGACAAAACAGAAGUUCUCAUUUUUAGUCCAAACAUUUUAUAAAAUUACAACUUAUCUCAAUUCUUUUUACAAAGAAGCAAGUGCAUAGCAAGUAUGGAAAGUAUAGAAAAAUAUGGAAGUAAUUUAAUUAAUUUCCAGGUCUUAAAAAAUACGUUAAAUGAAAAUUAAAAUAUGGAAAAAUGUUCAUGUUAUCAGACUAUAUUACCAUCGUUAUAAAAUACAGUUUACUAAAAUUUAAAAGUAGGUAUUUUGAAAAAUAAUUCUAAAAAGUAGGGUAUGGAGAAGUAUGAAAAUUCCAACUGUGUAGAAACCUUGGACUAAAACCACUUUGUUUGGAUCCACUAGAUAUGAUCCAAGAGAAUGAAGUACAUCAAAAAAGUACAAAGUUUCCGUUAUAAUCAUAGUCAGCUAGCUAGCUGGCAGCUUGUUUUUGUUUUGUCGUUUCAUUCUUGAACCUCAAACUACUUCACUUCCCACCCAGGCCACGGAGAUGCUGGUCCAUAACGCCCAGAAUCUGAUGCAGUCAGUGAAGGAGACGGUCAGAGAAGCAGAAGCAGCUUCCAUCAAGAUCCGCACAGAUGCAGGUUUCACCCUUCGCUGGGUACGCAAGACCCCCUGGUAUCAAUAAAAACCUGGUUGCUGAAACUAACAACACUCUUUACCAGAUGAUGAUAGCGCACAACUUGAGUUAACGUAGCAAACAUGCACUUCUUCAAAGAGGGAACUGCGGGUGAUUUUGAUCCAUCUUCCACUGUAGUUCUCUAUCAGGAACCAUUACAUCCGGUGCAAAGCAGGUUUCAUUUUCUGGAGUUUGUUUAGCUUUGCUCUCAAGUUGUCUUUAUCUGUAACUGUGGUAUAUCCUGCAGGCUCAUCAAAGACGGUUUUUUAAUAUAUUUUUUGGUAUGUUGUGUUACAAGAGUUUAUCCAAAUCCCAAGUAAAUAUAUUUUUUGCAUGAAAAUGUUUUCUAUUUUCUAAAAGCAAGUUACGGUAAUAAGAUACUUGGUUCAUAAAGAACAUUUACUUUGAUGCAGUCUUUUUAGUGAGUUUCUUAUCGUCUGUUGUACAUACAGUAGUAAUAUGUUUUACGGACAACACUCAGCGAUAAUUUUUUUACACUGAGUUUGACACUAAAGUGUGGAGUCUUGUUUGGGCUGAUGAGCCUCUUCAUGUUUACGUUUAUCGGUGACGCUGUUUUUAACUGAAUUUUAAAAAUGAUAUAUCAAUACUUGAAGAACUAUAAUGUCUUCUGGAUAAAAAGUGCUAUAAGUUAAAAGGUUAACAAUAAAGCUUCAAGGAUGAUUGUAUAUUUUGAAAAAUAUAUUGUUGUCAAUAUAGUAUUUUUGUUGAUGGCAGGAAUGUCUCAAAUGAAAAGAUCGUAGGUUUUCACAAAGCUGGGAUGAAUGUGGGUUUGGAGUUCUCAUUUUCAUUUUGUCUAAAUUACACCGUGAAAAAUGCCAAAGGUUUUGUUUUACAUCCUGCAACCUUUAUAAAGUUCUUUUAGAAAAAAAUCCAGGUUUUUGCAUAAGUAGACACUCUUUUUAAUGUCUCUUUUUUUCUUGAACAAAAAAGUAUGUUUUCUGCAUCUUUAAGCAUGACGGAGUGCUUCAUUUCUGCACCACUUCUGUAACAGUUGAACUGUUUGGGUUUAUUUAUCAAGAUUAUCAGAGUCAUUGAUCGUUGACAGCCAUCCAACCUUCUGUUUUCACACUCUACCUUACUUGUAAACUCAGUUAAUCCCACUCUGAAAGCUUUGAUUCACAUUUCUUUUUGACCCAGGUGGUUUGAAUGAACCUUUUUUACAUGAUCAGUUUUUUUUUAGUAACUCAGUGUUACAUGAAAAUGAAACCAGAGUAUUUAUUUCCCUCCCCUUGAAAAAAGAAGCUCUUAAGUUUUGUUAAAUUGUUCUCAACAGUGAUGGCAAACUCAUCUGUUCGAUAGAUAAUUCUUAGUUUGUGUGUAUGUGUGAAGCCCAUCCACUCUAACAGUAUUGUCCGUCCUACACGAUGAUUCAGGACAGCAGUACAGAAUGUUAACUGCAUUUUUAUAUUUAUUUGGGUCUACUAAGCAUGUAGCAGUCUCUUGCUCCUCUGUGAGAGGGACAGGGUGUAAACGUCUGUGUGUACUGGAUGCGUACAUUCACACACUGAAUGUAUUCUGAUAGCUUCUAGCCCUGCCAACACAUCUGCUGUGCCUUGGAAGAAUAAAAGACUAUAAUGAA